CAUCUAGUAAAUUUUUUGAAACAAUUAAAUUGCCAUUUUCAAAUCAUUAAAAAUGCGAUUAAUUUUUUUAACGUAAAUGGUAAUUUUUCGUCAAUGAGCCACUAUAUGAAUAUCAAGCAUAUCUACCAGGAAGCUUGCAGCACGGUGUGCAUCAACGCGAUGUUGCGACAGUUUUAUUUCAUAAUAUUCAACGUGACGUUUCUUUCAUGCCACAAUGACGAUGAUAUUUAAUUUAUUAUUAUUGCACUCUGUUCCUUUCACCGUUCGUACGGAUAUAAAUAUUAUAAAUGUCGUCAUGUGAUUCUCGAUGUAUUUUUGUACAACAACACCACAGUGCACUUAUUUGAAUGUAUAUAAUGAUAACAGGUACAAUAUAAAUAAACGCACAAGCUGCACCUCUGCACACGCACAAAUGUAUAAGUAGACGUAAUUUGUUACGAAGAGAAGAAAUGCACCCGAGUCGAGUUCCGGGUCUGCACUGCGCGGCCUAUUUGCACCCCAAUUCAAGAGCCGAUUACACAGCUGAUUUGGCUAACUAAAGUUUCGAGUGAUUUUCAAGCAUCGGCUCACCUAGCACGAGUGCAUACCUCUUUUUUGAGUUUAUCAGCAUCUCGAUCGAUUGUGUAAUUAUUUCUCUAACGAUCAUACUCGAGAAAAAAAGAAAGUGAAGUGACGAGAAACCGAAAUCUUUUUCUUCUUCUUCCAAAACUGCUACUACAGCACAGCUUUCAAUAUCUGCACUCUAACGAGGUCGAGUCGAUCCUACUCGACAUCGCUUCUUCCUUUUUUUUCAUCUGCACGAGUGAGCACUUCAAAAUAUAUAACGCACGCACCUCGACGCACUGAUAAUCGACACAUUUUUCUAAAAAAAAAAGCACCAAGACUGUACAGCACGACUUUUUGACGAUAAUGUACGCAUUUGAUUGAAAGAGAGAUGACCUCAGUACAACUUGAAUCGACUCGUACGCUUACCGAUCGGCUGAUUUCAGACUAGCAACGAGCAGUUGGUGGCGGAAACACACAGUACCACCAGUUCCGAUAAUCGCAUCCCGUAAAAAGAAAGGACGUCCAUAAACGCAAGAUGAGAAGCAACAUGAGCAACUACCUUUCGUUGAGACGAACGACGUCUCGAGCCGCGCGCGGACUUACGGCUAGCGACGAGCUUCGGGCCAUGUGAAUCGCUCGAACGGAGGAUACGUACGAAAGAUAGAAAAAAAUAGUCACAGCGAUUCUUAGUGCAAGAAAAAAAGUUACUAAACAAAAACAGUAUAAUCGAGCAGCAGCAUCGAGCGUGUUUCUUUGAAGACGACUUUUACAUCGAUCAACUCGUGCCUCUUUAUCCCUCUCAAGUGUGCGCGAGUUUUCCCUCUCAAAAAUCUCUUAUAUAAUAAAUAUCUGCCUGCGUCCGUCCAAGCGUGCUGCGUCCGGGCUCGGGCUCUCUCUCUGUCUAUCUCUUUAUCUAUCGUCUCUAUAAUCUAUAAAUUAAAAUUGAACCGUGUGCGAACAAGUGCAAAGAACAAAAACCACACGGAACAGUCAUCCUCGAGUAUAGCUUGAGUGUGAGGAUACAGUAGUAGUGACAGAUAUCGACGAGACGUCGUCGACAACGACGAGCGUCAACCGUAGGAGGCGAUUACGCGCGAGGGCGGCCAGAGAAGCAGCCAAGCCAGCAGCCGUAGCACCGAGUGCCACCCGCGGGCACUGCAACAGGCCACGUUGUACCAUGACGAGUCGCGUCUUCUGGCUGCUGAGCUACACAGUCGGUCUGAGCCUGGUCCUGGUCCACAGCAGCAGCAGCAGUAGCAGUGGAAGCAGCAGCAGCAGCAGUGGUAGCACGAGCAACGAUGAACUCUUCUUGCGCGAGGCCUACCGGACGAUCGACCAACAGCAGCAAAGGGAGCAGCAGCAACAAUACUCGCCCAACGGAGCCGAGAAUCUGCUGUUUCUCGAUCUUCUGCGCGACGCCUAUCGACAGCAGAAGCAACAGCAGCAGCAGCAGCAGCAGCAGCAAGUCCGAUCGAAUCCGAACAUGGCGAUGCUCGACGAGAGCGAGCCACCACCACCGCCACCCCCGCCGUUUCAGCAGCAGUUACGAUUGCCUCGAGCCUACAAUAACGGACCGAUAUCGGCAGCCUCGACCAAACCCAACAAUAAUCAGAACUAUCGAGGCUCCAAUAAGGCGGUAGCGGCUAAACGCACCUCGACUAAUUCGGCUAGACAGCAGCAGAAACAAGAGCAGCAGAAGCAGCAGUCGAAGCGCAAGUCCAAGGACCUAGCCUCGCCACCCGCGAUGAUGAUGCCCAGUAUCCCGGCGGCCUCGCACUUCGUGCUCAGGUCCACCCGCGGCAGCAGACGCUACGACGUUCCUCAAAUCGAGUGUCCGAUGUCGGACGACGGCAUGGAGAGGUUCGCGUGCCCGACUGCCGACGAGAUGGGUCGAUAUCGCUGCAUAGACGAUCACGUGCUCUGCGACGGCUUCCUCGACUGUCCCGGCAGCGAGGACGAAGACAGGCAUGCCUGCUUAUUUUACAAAACCACGAAGGCGCAUCUCGACGUUCUAGCCGAUGCCCUCUUGCGCUGGGCGAGAGGCCGUUAAGAGAGAGACGUGUACCCCAAAGACUUUCUAUAUCGAACGACGUCAUCAUACUUCAUCGUACUACUGUCAAUAACCGCCAGCAGCAGCAGCAGCAGCAGCAGCAUCACCGCACCCUCCUGCAACAACUACAUCAACAACAGCAACAAUUGCACAGUCAACGUGUGCAGCGCAUAAUCGUCUUCGUCAUCGUCGCCUCUUUCUUCGUUCUCCCGCCCGUCGACACACGCAUUACUAUUGUUAUUUUAUAAAACUCGAUCUUCGUGCUCGAUUAAUAUUAUACACGAAUAACAGUCAGAAAAUUCCCCCUACACACACUUUCUCUCUUUCGUGACCAUCAUCCAUCUUUCUUCUCUCUUUCUUUGCUGUACCGCAUAUAUAGAGAAAAAAAUACGAAAUAUCUGCUGACUGCAGCUCGUGUAUGUACAUGUAUAAUAUAGCCACAGCGACUCCGAAGCCGUUAACGCGUCUCGGCUCUUUUCCUCUCGCAGCUCUCUUUGUAAUGCAAACUGCGGGUCGCAUCUCGAAAGUCGCUCCUCCGAGUCUCGAGAGAAAUUACACCGAGACCUAUGAUGCUUCAUUUUCCCUUUCGCACGUUAUCUAUAUAUAGAACGGAUUAUAUUUUUUCGUAUAUAUUAUACAAAGGUGUGGACCGACUAGUCAACAGCAAUAAUUCGUUCAUUGCAACCCUGACAACUGCAUUAAUAAUUACAUUAUUAUCAAAAUAUGCUCGUACCGAUGUAAGCGAAUUUGACUCUCGGCAGGCGGCACUAUACAUUACUUUUCUUACAUCGUCAUCGUACAUGCCUUCGUUUUGAUAAGGACUAUCGAAUACGAUUAACUUUUCUACGUAAUAAAUCGCCCCUCCCCCUAGCCUUUCUACCCUCUUCAUUAUUUUCUGGAUUAAUUCGAGUACGAUAAAUCUAAUUUCGCACUUUGCUUUUUCUGAAUUAUUGUACUGUAAAAUUACUUUGAUUUUUCGAGCAAAUUUUACUCCAAUCUGUGGAUGUAUUCGUGCUCCCAAGCGGCGCUUGACUUUUUUUACACCCUCUCGUGUACAAUUUCCAUUCGAGCUCUCAUGAUUUUAUUCCGGAUAUUUCGUAACGCGAAAUUUUUGUAAAUUCAUAUACCAUCGACUGCUUGAUUCUCAAGACUUUUUAACAAAAUGUGUAAGCUUCAAGUGAAAGCGGGAAAGAUAGGAGAAAAAAGUUUCUAUCAGUAAUAAAACUAUUAAAGUACGUCAUUGCGAUGAUGAUUGCGUUGCUACCAUUAUUAUUUUAUCAUUAUUGUUAUUGUAUCGUUCGAAACUCGAUCACGGAUUAAGAGGAGCCGCAGAAAUAUUAUAAUUAUAAAAAAAAAUAUAUAUCAGUAAUGCCAAUGAGACGCGACUCAUCACAUUAUUAUGGUAUUAUAAAUAAGUGCAUUGCUCAUUUGCAUGGUGCGUGCCAAAAUGUUCGAUACUCACGGUGUUUGCAUCGCUUGUACAUUUUUCGUAAUUAAGUACCCGAAAAAAGUACGAAAAAACAUAAGAUAUAUUAUAUUGCAUAUUUAUUCGAAAGAUUAUGGUCAAUAAUUAACAAAUCAAUGACAGAAAAUGGGUCAAUAGAGUUAUGCCCAACGAUUACGUAUUCAUGAUUAUAUAUACAAAAGUCAAAAUACAUGAAAAUAUACAAAAAAUGAAAAUUAAUUAUUGUUACUUGAAAACGUCAAAAAAUAGUAUAUAAAUGUGUGUGUGUGUGUGUGUGUGUGUGUGUGUGUGUGCGUGCGUGCACGUGACAUGUAUAUAAUCGGGUGGCGAGAGAAUAUACAAAUUACGACAGGAGUCAAUUUGGAAGACGUAACAUAGAACAAAACGUUUGUUAACUGGCUCGAAAGAAAGUAAAAAGCUCGAUCGAGGCGCGUAAUAAUAUUAAAAAAUAAAUUUGUCGAUCGCAUUUUUUUCCUCACGUAUAUUUGUUGUAUUUAAGAUGGACGAGUAAAAAUUAUUUCAAUCGCCUCGACAGCUUUAAAAAUGCUAAUCCACGUCAAUUCGAUGUAGAAACAAGAUGAUAAGAGAAAAUUUAAAAUAUCAAAAAUUAUCAUAAACGACGUACAAUUUGUUCAAUUUUGAUUGUUAAGAUAUAUCAGACGUUCUGUCAUUCAAAUUAGAGACAUUAUUUAUUCUGGGACAUUAUUAACUAAUAGUAGUUAUAUUAAAUAAAGCUCCUUUAUACGAGAAGUAGCUGCACUGUAAGACUAUCGAGAAAUCUCAAAUUUUUAAAAAUUGUUAAUGAAUAAGUGUUAUUUUUGAACAAUAUAUAUAUAUUUAAAAAUAUAUACA